AUGUCUUCAAGGUCUCCUGAUCCUACAUCACCGAAGAAUUCACAAUUUUUGAACUCUCCGCAAUUUGGUCUAAAUAAUCAAAUAGGAAUAUCAGCUUCACCAAUACAAUCACAUACAAAUUCACCAUCACAAUUAGCAGUUAGAACAAAUACUCAUGGAUCAACAUCUUCAUUAUCAAGUUUAACUGAAUUAUCAUCAACUGCAUUAUCUAGAAAUACAAGAUCUGGCCAACAACAACAACAACUACAACAACCAAAACCAUUAGAAAGUGCUGAAUCAAUAUUACAAAAACAAAGUAAUAAUACUAAUAAUAAUAAUAAUAAUGAAGAAAGAAUUAUAGAAGAAGAUAAAGAAAAAGAUACAAGAUGUCUACCUAUAGAUUUAUUAGAUUAUAAAUCAUUAAGAUUAGAAAAUAAAGGAUCAGUGGCAAGAGAUCAUAUGGCAAAUGAAAGAACUUUUUUAGCAUGGUUAAGAACUUCUUUAAGUUUUAUAACUUUAGGUAUUGGUAUUACUCAAUUAUUUAGAUUAGAAAAACCAGAUACAAAAAUUCAUACAACAAGUUCAAUUAUAUUUUUAAAUAAUGAUCAUCAUAGUGAUACUUUAAAAAAAUUUGGUAAACCAUUAGGUGGUAUAUUUAUUAUAAUUGGUAUAAUAACUUUAUUUUUUGGUUUUAAUAGAUAUUUUUAUGUUCAAAAAUUGUUAACUACAAAUUAUUAUCCUGCUACAAGAUUAGGUAUAAUGUUAUUAAUAUUUUUAAUCGCUUCUGUUAUAUUAAUAACUUUAGGAAUGAUUUUAGAAACUUCACUAUUUUAA